AUGUCGCGCAAUAAUUCUUUUACUUGCGACGAUUCGCCGCAUGUACUUCGCACGAGAUCAGCUGUGCUAAAGCUGUUAGAGCAAGUAAGAGCAGAAAAACCGUCUCUUCGUGUGAUCUCAAAACCGUCGGAGCCUGUGGUAAACAGAAAUUCAAAAUUGAAAUUUCCAGACCCGAAGAAGGAUUGUUUCGUUAGUCUUAAAGUCAGCAGUCAUAAUGGAAAGCUCUGUUUGCCGAUUAACUACGAGACUCUAGACGAGAGCGAUCAGAAAUGUUAUGGUGGAUUGAGGUACAUUUUACAAGUCUUAUCCGUAAACAAACUUGUACUGAAUGGCAAACAGCCGAGAUCAAACGAGUGUCAAGAGGAUUUUUGUCGUUUUUCACCACUUUCAACACACAAGAAAGGCUCAGCUAAGAACUGCCUUGGUUUCUGGUUUCGGUUUUUUGGCAAAGAUGCGACAAUUCGCAUAACUGUUGCCCUUAAGAUCGAUUUUGUGUUUGCUAGAAAGUUGAUAGGAAAGAGACUACUCACAGAUCCAUUGUUUCAAGAUGAUGGAAUGGUUUCAAGUUUAGAGUUUGAUAUUUCCACCUGCAUGAGAUCCUCUCUUAAGAUUGCUUCAGAAAAAAAUGGAUUGAUCAAUGCCACUAAAAUUUUCCCCUCUCUGUAUCUGAACCAAGAAUACAAGAGAAUUGUCACUAAAUUUAAAGACUUGAGGCAGAAACUUAAUUUCAAGGAAUUGGACAAAUUUUUUGCUCAAACAUUGGAAAGGCUCAGUGAUAAUGACCUGAGAGUUGUUCUUUUCCUUGAGCAAAGUCAAGAAGCUUGUCGCAAGAAGCUUUAUGAAAAGUCAAAACAGCUUCUCAAGCAAGCAGUUGACAGUACAGCCAAAUGCAAAAACAAAACCUUGCUGAUAGGCCGAGCUUAUUUGUAUUUGUCAUAUGUCCAUGAAAAAGAUGGCUAUCUUGGAAAUGCAGAAGAAUGUUUAACAAUUGCCAGGAAAAAGCUGCAAACUUUGGAGGUGUGUGAAGACACUGGAGACCUGUGCUUUCAGGAAGGACUUAUCUUGACCAGUUUUGCCCAGAAAAUGCCUAAGUUUGCUUUAAAACUGAUCUCAGAGGCUAUGUUCAAAUUCGAACAAGCUGCAGCAAUAUUUACCAAUUGCCUGACUGUUGACAGUGCCCUGGACAAGUUGUGUUGCUCGUACAUAAGACUAGCCUCAUUGUUGCUUAAACAGACCGCAGAGGGAUCAUGUUCACAACACAAGAUUGAUGUGUCAAACAAACAUCUUGAAUGGGUGGCAGUUCGUUUGGAUGAGUUAUCUGAGCAGACUAAAUUCCAUUUCUACGUUUGCAACACAGAGCUGCUUUACCAGAAAAGGCAGUUUGAGGAAGCUCAGAAAAGUCUUGAUGUUGCUUAUCAGAUUGCCAAGGCUUGUCAGUUUGAAGAGCAAACUCUGUGGGAAGAAUUACCUGGAAGCAAUUGCUGCAGUGAUCACUACUUCCAAGAAGCAUCAAGUAAUAAGGAACCAGCUGAUGACUUGGUGGUUGAAAAUUUUGUUGUUGAUGAUGUCUCUCCUGGCUAUCUGGCUGAUAUGAGCUCAUGA